GCGGCUCCGAGUGUGACGUCAUCAGGAUGCGACAACAACAAAAGCGAGUGUCGUAAGAAGUUGUCGCCUUUAUCAUCAGCUGCUUGAGCACCCAGGACCCAGGAGCAGAUGAGCACGGAUGUGUGUGUCCAGAACUGGUCAUGUUCCUAUUACCUGCCAAGCGAGAGGCGCUGGAUCCCGGGUAGGCUCUCCCUGACCCCGUCACACCUGAGAUUUACAGCCGAAGGUGCAAAUGAGUUUCUCGUCAGCUUCCACCUCUCCAGUAUUAGUGAGAUCAAGAAAGAGUCUUCCAGUUAUAUCUUCAGCUCCAUCACUGUCCUGGAGGAAGGGCAGUCCAAGCACUGGUUUGGCUCCCUCCAGCCCAAUCGGAAUGUGGUGUUUAACGUCCUGGAGCAUUUCUGGAGGGAACAGUUACUGUCACCUCAAGCAUCUCGCACAGUCGCCUCUAAAUUAUCAAAGGGAGGUGAGCUUAUGAACAUGGUCACUACGUCCCAAAGGCACAUGGAGAAAACAAGCAACGUGCUGUAUGAACAGGGGGAGCAGUUUGAUAACAUCAGGAAAGGCCUAGACAAGAUUGAAGCAGACAUGGCGACCACUGACAGGCUCCUUUCUGUCCUUGAGUCCCCGUCAUGGUGGCCAUUCAGCGGAAAAACCUGGCGGAGCUGGAAGCACGCUGAGCCUAAGGGAUCCCUCGGAGACGUGAGUCCCCCACAUUCUACGAAGGAAGGGAUAUUGAUGACAAUUCCCAUAAUAUUCUCCCGCAAACCAAACAUUAACCUCAAACCAGGGAAACUCACGGUGCUGGCGUCCGCCUUGGAGAUAUCCGACUGCAACUCUCAGCCGCUUCAUCGCUACCAAAGAGAAGAUGUGGAUGACAUCAGAGUCUGCACUGGGUAUGACAUCAGCAUUCGGCAAAGGUUCAUUGGGAAACCCGACAUCACAUAUAGAAUCUUGUCGGCCAGACUGCCGGAUGCCAUCCCGCUGUUAGAGACGCAGUACAGCAAGAAGAUCGAGUUCCAAGAGGAGGCCCUAAUGUUCAGCGGGUCCAGAAAAUCUUCUCUGAGGGAUCAGCCUAGCCCAGAAACAGGAUCCUGGGUCCUUGACCAAAUUGUAACCACCGCCAUCCGUUCUGAUGGAAACUCCGAGGCUCUGAUGCAAGAUCAACUGGUUUCAGAAUCGGAAGCUCAAGAACUGAGGAAGAUCCUGAUGAAGCUGAAGUGCAUCGCUCUAGAAGCAGAUACUGAGCUGGAGAGACAAGACGAGGCGCUGGACAAUGUCAACUCCUCAGCCGAUAGAGCAGUGAUGAGCGUGGACAAACAGACCCGCAGGAUGAGGAACCUCAUGUAGAAACGGUUCUCAACACCUCAAGUCAGGAUCAUGUUUACAUGCAUUGAAACUGGGGUCAAGGGCUCCUUGGACUCGGUUUGCCAGUGAAUAUAUAUAUAAUGUAAUAUAAUAUAUAAUGUAUGUCUGUGUAAUGUGGUGCUCUUAAUAUGUUCAUGAAAAUAUAUAUAAAUAGGAUAUUUAUAUUACGACUGGAUAGUUUUACAGGAUGAAUGAGUAUUUAUUAAUUAUUUAACAUUAAUUUAUUAUUUAUUUCAUUAUUUAAGUUCAGCUGUGGUUUUUGUCCAUGUUUUUAUUACACAGUAUGAAAUAGAGUAAAUGAAGGUUCUGGUAUUCAGAUCCCUUAACAUAUAGAAAUGAAUAGCAUGAUACAUGCACUAUAUUCAACAGAUACAUGAACAGCAAGUUCUGGUCAACUGAAUGAAAAAAGCCCUUAAUUUCAACCAAUCCAAGUUGAUCAAGAAAAAAAAAAACUAAAUCCUCAGCAAAUCAGCUUGUAAGACCCCCAAGAACAGUGAUUACUUAUUACUUAAAUUCUGGCCAGGGGGAUAAUGAAAUGGACAUACACUGACUGAUACAGCCUGGCGAUUUUACUAAUCAUAAUGGUGUUGGCAGCCUAUUGGCCUGUUUCUUGGGCCAAAAUGAUGGCCUCUCCAGUCAGUAUCUGGUUGUGGCUUUGCCAGACUAUAAAAAAAACCAUUGGGUUGGCACAGGCACCAAAUCAGCUUGGUUUGGUUCACCACCUCGUUGGCCAAAUCAAGUGAUUCUUGCCAGGCAGACCCAAGUAUGUAGCUAGUUUUUAUUCUCUGCAGUGUAGAUAACAAACUACCAUCCAGCUCUAGUCUAGAACACAUACAGGAUCUGAGAUACGUAGGACCUAAAAUUCCACAACCAGUCACAUCUUUACUUUCAUUUGCUUACUUGAAGAAGAAUGAUCAAAGCUGAAUCCUUAAUGGUAGCUAACCUGGUGCAAUUUAGCACAUACUGGUCAGUAACCCAUAGCACCCAAUUGGUGAUUGGCUAUUUUCAAUCAGCUGCAGGUAGAACAAUGAAUGCAAGAAUUUUACUGGUUGCUAUGGGUUGCAGCCCACGGGCAAUGUUGGCCAGUGUUGAUAAAUUAUCCCCAUUGUAUGUUAGAGGCUGUGUGGCUGAUUUUCUAUGUAAAGAAAGACAGUUAAAAGCUUGAAAGCUCCUUCAUCUGUUCCAUACAUUGGGUUCUGGACUCCCACUGCUGGAUCUAGCUUUUGCCCAGCAGGAAUAUAUUCUUUCUUGCAUGUCUGAAAAGGGUGGAAUAGUAUCUUCUCUGCAUUGCUCCAUACCUUACAUGAUACUAAAAUGUACUGAGAUGGUCGGUAACUCCUUUCGUUAUUUUGUCAGCUUACAUAUAGGAGUAAGCUCAUUCACGUCACGUGUAGCUGGCCAUACAUGCAAAAACCCACUGAUUUGUCAAGGUCGACAAACAAGCAGAUGUUUCCUCUGAUAUGGCCACCUUGAGAUGGGCAAUAUUGUAUUCUUCCAUUAUUCAGCCCUCAAACCAAAUGAUCAGAUCACAUGCCUGGGAUAGAUGCAUUUGGGAGGAUUUUUGGCCAGAUUUAGGUCAGCCAGGCCUGUCUGAGGGCCCCAUACAUGGGCCGAUAAGCAGCCAACUUAGACUGUCAGCAGAUUUUUUUCGGCCCAUGUAUGACCACCUUGUGUGUCCAAUCCAUUGCAUCAGAUUGGUUUGUGGAACUACAGUUUACAACAGAAGUUAUUAAUAUGUUUUAUAGUAUGGGAACCAAGGGGUUAUGGGCAAGGGCAAGCAAAUGACUCCUGUGGCCAACUGUUUAUCUCAGAUCCCUGUUGUCCAGUAUAGAUAUAGCCUUAUUAUUCUGAGCGAUAAACCCACACUUGUCUGGCUUAAUAUUCUGAUGCAUGGAGGGAAAAAUGUGUUGCAUCUGAUUCAAGAAAAUGAAGAAUGUUGCAUGUGUUUCAAAUCUUAUCAAAUAUGUCAGAUUUAUGAAUGAAACAGUUCAUUUUCUGUAUGAUCUUCCUGAAUUAAUAAAAGUCUGCCUUGUAUUAUGAUUAAAUAAA